AUGGAGUUUGUGGAGGACAAAGCAAUUAGAGAUGUGGCCGCCUACGUGAACCUGUGCCGUGAAGUCACUAAAGGUACUAGUGACUUCCCCAUUAAGCUAAGCUCAGAAGACUUUGUUGAUGCUAUCUCGUGGGUUACCAACAAUUUGGCAAAGUAUGCUCAGCCCUACAUGUUUCUCCUUACUCGAGAAUUGGCUAAAGAGGAUAUCUUGACUACCGUCCAGGAUAAACUUUGGGUAUUUGAUUUCCCCGGCUUCGAGACCGAUGCCGAACUCGUCUACUUUUAUUUCAAGACGGCUUCAAAAGCUAUCAAGAAGGCAAGCGUGCUGAUUCUCCACUUGAACAACGAUCUUGACGAUAUGGACCAACUGUUGUGUAAGUGGUGGACGAAGGUGAAGACUGUAGUAGAAUUGGAUGUCAUGGUGCACGCGUUAAAGCUUAUUUACCAUAGCACUUAUGAUGACCGCAGAGCCGAUGUGUCCAUGAUGACUCGUUUUAACGGGAUCAUUGACCACUGGCAACGUGCGCAAUGGCAAGUGGACCGCCUCCUUGGGUACCCAGUGGCAUCGGAGGCGGAAGUCGUUGUCAACGGAGCUGCUUUUCGUGAGUUCUUCAACAUUUGCGCUCAGAAUCAUUCACGGUACCCUGCUUUCUUUCUUCAAAGAGGUUUCGAUAUGUUUCUUCUCUGGUGCAGCGAGCGGUACGUUGCCAUUUGCGAUGGAAAAGUGACGGGAAAGGAUAAGAACUUGUACCGUUUCCCCUGUCUUGUCACGUUCAAGGAGUGGUGGGGUGAAUGCGGCAGUGAACGCCAUGCCUACUUGCAAAUUCGCACAGUCUUGGAUGGUCCUGAGGCGACGAACUCGAGGUUGUUUGGUCCUCUCAAGCAGAGUCGCUUCAACAAGGUUGGUGAUGGCCAACACCCUGCUGUUGCCAACACCACUGAGGUUAACAAACGUCAAGGCAAGUGUCGUAACCGCAGAAGAAACCGCCACUGCAGAAGAAACCGCCACCGCAGAAGAAUCCAAAACCGGGAACAAGCCAACAAGGUAGAAGAAAUGAUCUUUGCGGACAUCGAAAAGUUAAUCGAGAAGUGCAUUUGUGCUGCUAUUGGCAGUGGUUGCAUCUGA